AUGUCGAAUGGCUCUGAACUAUGUCAUUUUUCCUCUCUCGCCUUGCCUAGGCUGCUCGAUUCCACUUCGACUUUGACUCUGCUGGACUUCGACUGGGUUGCUCGAUUCGACUUCGCAGAGAAUGACCCGGCGGUGAUCGGGACAUUCCCAACUUUCAUGUAUUCGGUGGUAACGGGUCUGAAGAUCGGAAAAGGUGCACUUGUGUGCGCUGUUUGUCUCAAUGAAUUCGAAGACAUUGAGAAUCUCAGAUUGAUCCCCAAAUGCGACCAUGUGUUUCACCCCGAAUGCAUCGAUGCUUGGCUCAAUUCUCAUGUGACUUGUCCGGUUUGCAGAGCCGAUCUCGUUCCUCAACCCGGUGAGACUCUGCAAAUUCCAGAUUUCAAUCUCCAGAUCGAUGUUCCGGAGGAAACCCAGAACCCCCAAAACCCAACCGAUGAAGUUUCGAUCCGGGUCGUUGAAGAUCCGGAAGAAGACUAUCUUCCUCCUCCUCCUCAGGCGCUGGACCGGUGGGGUAGAAGGGGAGGAUGUUGUUAG